CUGGGUUAAAAACUAAAAAUAAAAAAUUCCAUUGCCAAUAAUGACAAAACAAAGGCUCGACUACUGACUUCAAUUGAUAAAAAAGUCGUCCCUCCCAUCUUCCUUGAUGCUUCUCUGAUAAUACCCUUUUGGUCUCUUGUCUCCUUCAUUUCGUAGAGAGGAAAAAAUAAUAAUAAAUAACCUUGAUAACUGUCAUAUUAUGAUCUAGCCAUGUUCAUUAUUGACAAAGCAAUCAUGGCCAAAUCCUCUGUUUGGCUAAUAUGCCUAUCUGCUCUGUUUCUUGGCUAUGGUGUUUUAGAACUUGAAGCUUCUCACCAUGUCUUCAGACACCUCCAAACAUUUGACUCUACUCCUUCAAAUCAGCCUUACAAAACCUCUUUCCACUUCCAACCCCCCAAGAACUGGAUGAAUGAUCCUAAUGGACCUUUGAUUUACAAGGGAAUUUAUCAUUUGUUCUAUCAGUACAAUCCAUAUGGUGCAGUUUGGGGGAAUAUAGAGUGGGCACAUUCAACAUCAACCGAUCUCAUCAACUGGGUCCCACAUAACCCGGCCAUCUACCCGUCCCAACCGUCCGAUAUCAACGGAUGUUGGUCGGGUUCCACCACGAUCCUCCCCGGAGGCAAACCGGUCAUUCUCUAUACCGGGAUAAAUCCACAGAACCAACAAGUCCAAAAUUUGGCCAUGCCCAAAAAUCUUUCGGACCCAUACCUAUUAGAAUGGGUCAAGUCGCCCCAAAAUCCACUAAUGGCACCCACUCCGAUGAAUAAAAUCAAUGCAAGCUCGUUCAGAGACCCAACCACUGGUUGGCUAGGCCCGGAUGGGAGGUGGAGAGUGAUUGUUGGUAGCAAAAGGCGGCAUCGAGGUAUGGCAAUUUUAUAUAGGAGUAAGGAUUUUAUUCACUGGACUAAAGCUCAACACCCGUUACAUUCUGCUAAGGACACUGGAAUGUGGGAGUGUCCUGAUUUUUAUCCGGUUUCUAGUGAUAGCAUGAAUGGGGUUGACACAUCGAUGCUCGGGUCUAGCGUCAAACAUGUACUAAAGGCAAGCUUGGAUGACACUAAACACGAGUACUAUACUAUUGGAACGUACAAUCAUGAGAAGGAUAUUUAUACCCCGGAAAAGGGAUCUGUGGAUAGCAAUUUAGGGUUGAGAUAUGAUUAUGGAAAGUUCUAUGCUUCGAAGACUUUCUUUGAUAGCACGAAGAACCGGAGGGUUUUAUGGGGGUGGAUCAAUGAGUCCACCAGUGCAGCCAUUGAUAUCAUGAAGGGAUGGUCUGGAGUUCAAGCUAUUCCAAGGAAAAUUUGGCUCGAUAAAUCUGGAAAACAAUUGAUGCAAUGGCCGAUUGCAGAGAUAGAAGAGCUACGAAAGAACCAAGUUGACAUGCCUAGCACGAUGCUGAAGGGAGGGUCGGUGGUUGAAGUUUCUGGUGUCACAGGCACACAGGCAGAUGUAGAAAUUGUAUUUGAAAUGCCAACGCUAGACAAAGUAGAAUUGCUGGACCCAAGCUGGACUAACCCACAACUACUCUGUAGUCAAAAGGGUGCAUCAGUUGGAGGAGAGGUUGGACCAUUUGGGUUAAUGGUUUUGGCUUCAGAGGGCUUGCAAGAGUUCACAGCAGUGUUCUUUAGAAUUUUCAAAGAUCAGAACAAAAAAUUUGUGGUUCUUAUGUGCGGUGACCAGAGCAGGUCUUCAUCACAGCUUGAUUAUGACAAGACCACUUAUGGAUCUUUUGUGGAUGUUGACCCUGUUAGAGGCAAACUAUCAUUAAGGAGCUUGAUAGAUCACUCAAUAGUGGAGAGCUUUGGUGGGGAAGGAAAAGCUUGCAUCACUGCUAGGGUUUAUCCUACAAUGGCUAUCAAUGGUAGAUUGCAUCAUCUAAUAUGCAUAAUUAAAAUUAUUUUUUAUGAUUAAUUCUGUAUUUUCUUGACUUAUUCAAAUAGCACUACUUGUAAAAUGUAGACUCCCAAAACCAACCAUAAUGCGUUGGCACGAAAAUGACCAAAUUUCACAAAUUUGGAUGCACCUACUUUACACCACAUGGCUUCCUUAUCCCUUCGCUAUACGCUCUUCUCCAACAUUUUUAGCAUAAUUUUACGGUGUGUUUGUGUGGGGGAUUUAAAAAGAAAAAGAUUAAAAGUGUGUGAAAUUAUAUGAAAUAUGAGUAUAUUUUAUUCAAAUUUCAUAUAUAUUUUCUAUUUUAUUUUCUAAAUCUCUCAUCAAAUUCUUCAACCAAACACAACAUUAAUAAGUACAUGUUAGUGUAAGGUACAAAUUACUAUAGGGAGAAUUAUUAUUUAGUGAUAGUUUUAAAAAAUUAUUCCAGGUUCAUCAAAAAAAAUUAAAAUUUUAAUUAUUAAUAUUUAUAAAAUUUAUUAUUAAUUUGUAAUUAUUUUUUAAAAGUUACACUGAAUUGUUAUUUUUCCAUUACUAUAUGCAGAUAGAUCACUCAAUAGUGGAGAGCUUUGGUGGGGAAGGAAAAGCUUGCAUCACUGCUAGGGUUUAUCCUACAAUGGCUAUCAAUGGUGGAGCUCAUUUGUACACCUUCAACAAUGGAACUCAAAGUGUGACAAUCUCAAAGUUGAGUGCAUGGAGCAUGAAAACAGCCCAAAUCAAUUAAGGCAGACAAGAAAAAAUUAUUCAUCACGUUUAAUGAUAAUAUCCCAAAACAAUUAUAUACAACAUAUUUGCAUGAAUCCUACAUAAAUCUGCAGUAUAUGAUUGUUUGGGCUAUUGUCGUUGACGGCAGUAAAUUUUUUUUUUUUCUUUCUUUCCCAGUUAGUGUUUGUUGUGGGAUUAGGUUAAUAAUGAAUAUUGAAUAAUAAUAGUUAAAGAUUUGUCUUUAAUGUGUUCAUCCAUAACUCAGUCGAGCAGUUGUCAUUAAUUAAUGCAUUGGCGACCUAUCAAAUGAUAUUUAAA